AUGAACGAACAGGAGCUGGUCCACGUCCCUACCCCAUCAUGCCCGGGCCCAGGGCACCAGACGGCCCUGCACCGAGCUGCCAUGGUGGGGAACAGUGACGCCAUGUCUGCUCUGAUUCAGGGAGGCUGUGCUGUCGACCUGCAGGACAGAGACGGCAACACAGCGCUGCACGAGGUGUCUUGGCAUGGUUUCUCUCAGUGUGUCAAACUGCUGGUGAAGGCAGGAGCUGAUGUGCACAUCGGGAACAAGGCAGGAAACACCGCCCUUCACCUGGCCUGUCAGAACGCACAUGCUCAGACUGCUCGCCUACUGCUGCUCGGAGGAGCCACACCAGACACCAAGAACAAUAUGGGUGACACCUGUUUGCAUGUGGCUGCUCGCUACAACAACCUGACCCUGGUCAAAAUCCUGCUGAGUUCACUGUGUUCUUUGAUAGAGAGAAACCAGGGAGGAGACACAGCUCUCCAUGUGGCUGCUGCUCUGAACCAUAAGAAGACAGUUCAGCUCUUACUGGAGGCAGGGACUGAUGGGAAAACCAGAAACAAUGCAGGAAAAACAGCACUUGAUAAAGCCAGAGACAACAAUCACAAAGAUGUGGCACUUCUCCUGGCCAGAGCUCCUCAGGUACAUCGCUUCAUGCGGGGAAGAACAAUAAGGAAACGAAGAGAAAGACUGACAGCUGAGCGCAGGACCCAGUCUUUCACCAGAGUAGAAAUACUACCAAACAAAGAAGACAGCAGUUCAGUGGUGGAGGAAUGUACCAGCAGUGAACACAUGGAGAGCAGAACUGCCGUCCAGGGGAGUCCUCAGCGUCAGCAACAGCAGCAGCAGCAGCAGCAGCAGGAGCACCAGAAGACCCCAGCCACCAUCAGCAGCCCCUACAGCUGCCACAAGAGGACAAGAGUCAAGAAGCAGGCUCUGAAUGAAGAUGAUCUGAGGAAGGGGAAGAAGAGGGAUCUCCUCCGUGAUGAUGAUGACGACAAGGGCUCCGCUCAGAAUGGAAAAUUCUACCAGCUUUACACUCUGUACCGCGACAAGGAUGGCAACAUUAGACAGGCACCAGCCAAUGGAUGCCACUGUAAGCCCUUGAUCAAGAAGCUGGAGGGUCAAGUGAAAGCCACGCAGGAGGAGAUGAGGCUGCACAUCCUGACUGUCCAGGAGCAGGUCAACAGCAGGAUGGGCAAAAUGGCCCAACGGAACAGACACCAGAUUAAAGUGUUGAACAGGCUGAACCAGGAGAAAGCAGCAGCAGAGAAGAAGAACAUGGUUUACAGGAUCGAGCAGAGAGUGGCUCAGGACAAAGAGGAAGCUCUGAAGACACAGGCAGCAGUGAGCCAGGAACUGAAGAGGUGGUGUGCGUCUCACCUGAAGGACAUGGAUGUCCACGCCCCGGUCGAAGCCCAGUAUUACAAACUCCUCCCCUCACCAUCUGUGGAGCAGUCUGCGGCAGACCCUGAUCUGGAGUCACUCCCCCUGCUGUCGGUGGUCUCAGGAGAGAGCAGCACCUCACUGGCCAACUAUGUCAACAUCCUGCCAUCCAGAGCUGCCUACUGUCUGGACAGCCUGGAGCCAGAGCGGGCGGGCAGGAGGACAUACUUUGAAAUGAGAGUGGACAGGUCACCAGACGACUACGAGAACACAGCCCUGUUUCCUCUGCCUGCCAACCACACCUCAGGCCUCCCGCUGGGCUCUGCUGACCCCCUCUCGCAACCUCCGGGAGUGCAGGACGGUCCUACAGCAGCAGUGGUGCCACUGUGUGGGGAGAGCUUCUCAAGCAGCAGCAGCAGCAGCCAGGCCAGCAUCAGCGACCAGGGACCAAGACUCAUCACACAUCAGGGACACAGCUAUGACAGGCAACACAGGAAACACCUUGUGAAGCUGAUGAGUGCCCACAGGCAUGCAGAGAUACACGGUGACAGAACCAGAACCCUGGAGUUCUUCAUCGACCGUCCCACUGAACCCACAUUCAACCAGGAGAGGAAAAAUCUGCACGCUAUGGAGGUAACUCAGCGUUUCUUUGAGACGGUGUCGGCCCAGUUGGAGCGCUGGUAUGAAAGGAAGAUUGCGGAGUUGGAGCGGCAGACGGAGCUCAGAGCCCAACAGGACAGGGAGGAGCUACUCCAGCGAAUCAGCAUACUGGAGGAGGAGCUUCAGAGGCUGAAGACCAAUGAGAAUGCAGAAAGCUGA